GCCCUUCCAAAUAGAAUAAAAAAGAAGAGAGUGAUUCUUCCACGCAUUCAGCGAAGAAGAAGAAAGGCAAGCGCAGUCCUCGUGAGCACAUCUCUCUCUCUCUCUCUCUCUCUCUCUCUGUGUCCUGGGUUUUAAUCAUCUGGGACGCACCACCCACGCUUCCCCAAGACACUGAGAUUAGAGAGAAAGGGUUGGCCGGGAAAUGACGUCAGACGGGGCGACGUCAGCUACGAUGUCAAGGAGGAAGCCGUCGUGGAGGGAGAGAGAGAACAACCGGAGGAGAGAAAGGAGGAGGAGAGCCAUAGCUGCGAAGAUUUACACUGGGCUGAGAGCUCAGGGUAACUACAAUUUGCCCAAACAUUGCGACAACAACGAGGUCUUGAAGGCUCUCUGCGCCGAAGCUGGCUGGACCGUCGAAGAAGACGGCACCACCUAUCGCAAGGGAUGCAAACGGCCCCUAAGUGAUAUGGCAGGCACCUCAACCAAAAUCACCCCAUACUCUUCUCAAAAUCCCAGUCCUUUAUCUUCUGCCUUCCCAAGCCCAAUCCCAUCAUACCAAGUCAGUCCCUCCUCCUCUUCCUUCCCUAGCCCUUCCCGCAACGAUGCUAACAAUUCAUCUAUACUCGUUCCCUUUCUCCGAAAUGCCAUUCCUUCAUCUCUCCCUCCUCUUCGGAUCUCAAACAGCGCCCCUGUAACCCCUCCUCUCUCAUCACCAACUUCAAGAAAUCCUAAGCCAAUCCCAAACUGGGAGUCCAUUGCCAAAGCAUCCAUGGCCUCUUUUAAUUACCCAUUUGAUGCUAUUUCCGCCCCUGCAAGCCCAACUCACCGUCACCUUCAUACACCGGCUACCAUACCGGAAUGCAAUGAGUCCGAUUCGCCCACCAUUGAUACUUGCCAAUGGAUGAACUUCCAAGCGUUUAAGCUCUCUGCAGCAGCAGUGCCAACCUCUCCAACAUUUAACCUAAUGAAACCUCCUACUCUGCAAACUGUUCCCAAUGUGAUCAAUGAGAGGGGAAGAGGUACAGAGUUCGACUUUGGGGUUGGACAGGUUAAGCCAUGGGUCGGAGAGAGGAUUCAUGAUAUGGGAUUGGAUGAUCUGGAGCUCACACUUGGAAGUGGGAAAGCUAAGAACUAGUUCAGCUGGUUGAAUGCCUAUCUCGGUUAUGGAAAAAAUAGAUGAAAAUAGAGAUUCUGAUGGUUCAUGGUUUACUCAGCUUGGGAUUCCACUGCAUUUUGCAGUUGUGACUCAAUUUCAUAUCAUUGUGAAUUGUGUAUCUUUGAACCAAACUUGUCUUAUCAGAUUGUGAUUCAAACUUAGAACUUUGUUUUA